AUGGACCGCGCGAUCGCGAUGCGCCAAGAGACGCGCAAGCUCGACGGGUGGGGAUGCCCGUUCGAGUUUGGCGACGACGCGAUCGAGUACGUCUCGACCGCGAAGGGCACCAUGAACUUCGAUCCGAAGGACGCCAAGAGCGCGGUCAUGGCGGCCGAUGUCAAAGAAGAACUGCGCAAGUGCCAUUUUGAGUUUGGGUGCGACGCGCGGUCGUACUCGACGUCGUCGAACGUGCCCGCGAUCGACCCGGAGCUGUACCGGCAGAUGGCGAAGAAGCAAGUGCCGCUGCACGACCCGCGCAAGAACAGCGUGUACUUUUCCUAA